AUGGCUAGCAAAUAUACCGCUAGGAUAGGAGGCGUGCUGAGAUGGCUCGGCUCAGCGGUUUUAAAUAUUUCCAGGCCAGAUCGUGCGCGGGCCCUUAUGGCUAGGUAUCAGGUCUUGGAUGAUCAAAUGGCGGAUUUAUAUGCGGCGUACCGUGCGGUAUUAGAAUUGGGUUUAGAAGCGGACGCCAUAAAUAAGAUCAAUGCCGACAUUGAUCAGGCCGACGACUUGGCAGAUCAAAUUGUUCAGGCUGUCGAAUGUCUCAGGGGGUCAAGCACUGCUGACGCGCGGGUCACUGCGGAGUCGGAGGCGUCACCAGCGCUUAUGAGCAGAUUGCCGCUGCUCGAUUUGCCACGUUUUAACGGGGACCUAGACCAGUGGGUCGCAUUUAGUAAUUUAUUUGAGAGCAUAGUUCACGGUCGUACGGAUUUGACCCCAGCUCAGAAGCUUGCUUAUUUGUUGGCAUCGUUGACGGGCGAGGCGAAGGGCCUUGUCCAACAUUUAGGCCUUGUUGAUGGCAAUUAUGAAAUCGCCCGGGACCUACUCAGCCGCAGGUAUCAGAAUGUUAGGCGAAUAGCAGACAGCCACGUGGCUACCAUUCUAGGCCUACCUCAGAUUUCGGUUGCGCAGUCGUUGCGCACGCGGCUUCUUAACCCUUUGUUAAUAGCGGUUAACGGUCUCAAGGGUUUGGAUUUACCUGUGUCCUCGUGGUCAUUUUUGUUAUUGCAUGUUAUUUUAUCUAAAUUACCGCACGACUUACGGAAUAGAUUUGAACUGGAAUACGGCGGGGACUCUGCCACUCAUCUUCCCAGUUUUGACAACCUAAUUUUAUUCCUGGAGGACGAGUGUCGUCGAACGGAGAAUGUUCCCCCUCCUUCCCCGGGGCCGACCGUCGGUGCUCGUCGAGUGAGGCCCGGUGAUAGUAAAUUCCCGGCAGGGUCUCGCCACCGACCACGUUUGAUUAAUGCAGCGGUGGGACAGACACAGGAAUCUCGUUGUAACUAUUGUCGGGACACAGGACACGGUGUUACGGGUUGUCCCAAGUUCCGGGAAUUACGCUGGCAGGCUCGGCGCAAUAUUGCUC